AUGUCGGUGUCUGCACUUCGUAGUAUUGCCGGUGCCUCGUUGCGUGCGCGCACAGGAUGCAUCAUCUCAACGCCAUUUCGAGCGCUAGCGACGAGUCGCAGCUACUCGACGUUCUACAACGAGGACGUAGCCGGACUCACCGAAGACCAGAUGGAACUUCGAUCCGCUGUGGCGCAAUUCUGCUCCGCCGAGCUGCCGUUCGAUGUGGCGCGCUCGAUCGAUCGCAAUAACGCUGCACCCAAGGACAUCUGGCGCAAACUCGGGAGCAUGGGCUUACUCGGCAUCACCGCACCCGAGGAAUACGGCGGAUUGGCAAAGGGAUAUCUCGACCAUACAAUCGUCAUGGAGGAGCUAUCGCGCGCUUCGGGCUCGGUCGCGUUGAGCUACGGUGCGCAUUCGAACCUCUGCGUCAACCAGCUCAAUCGUCACGGCACAAAGGAGCAGAAGCAAAAAUACCUCCCCGAUCUGAUCUCCGGUGAGAAAGUGGGCAGUUUGGCCAUGUCUGAACCCGAUGCUGGCUCAGAUGUCGUCUCGAUGACCACGACAGCCGUCAAGGAUGGCGACGAUUGGGUACUCAACGGCGGGAAAAUGUGGAUCACCAAUGCCCCGAUUUCAUCCACGUUCAUCGUGUACGCCAAGACGGAUGUGAAAGCGGGUUCGAAAGGCAUCACUGCGUUUAUCCUGGAACGCGGCAUGACUGGCUUUACCACGCUGCCUAAGCUGGACAAGGUGGGCAUGCGAGGUUCGGACACGGGCGAGAUCCACUUUGACAAUGUCCGUGUUCCUGCCACCAACGUGCUCGGCACCGUGAACCGCGGUGCUGCAGUGCUCAUGUCUGGCCUGGACCUGGAGCGUCUUGUGCUCUCCGGUGGUCCACUCGGUCUUGCUCAAUGCGCGUUUGACUACGCGGUCCGCUAUGCGCACCAACGCAAGCAGUUCAACCAGCCCAUCGCACACUUCCAACUGAUGCAGGCCAAGAUCGCCGACAUGUACACCAAAAUUUCGGCGGCGCGCUCCUACGUCUACGCCGUCGCGCGCGCGUGCGACCUCGGCCAUAUCAGCCGCCGCGACUGCGCAGGCGCCAUCCUCUACGCCUCGGACAGAGCCGUCGAAGUCUCCUCUGAUGCCAUGCAGAUCCUCGGCGCAAACGGCUACACAAACGACUACGGCAUCGACCGAAUGUGGAGAGACGCCCGACUCUACACCGUCGGCGCCGGAACCCAGGAAAUCAGACGCAUGCUCAUCGGCAGAGAAUUCAACGUCCAGCUCAGCUGA